AAGACAGAAGAACAAGCACUUAGCUUGUGAAGUUGGAAUACAGUGCCCUUAAUAAUGGGGAACACAAGCAGCGAGCGGGCUGGACUGGAGCGUCAUGGGCAUAAGGCAUCCCGAGGUGACAAUGCAGGAGGAGCUAUCAGUACAAAAGAGGGUGAUAGACCAAAAAUUUUAAUGGACAGUCCUGAAGAUGCAGACUUGUUCCAUUCCGAGGAAAUGAAGGCUCCAUUGGAGAAAGAAGAAUUCCUAGCUUGGCAACAAGAUCUGGAAGUGAAUGAUAAAACUCCUACUCAAGCUCGACCAACAGUCUUUCGCUGGACUGGAGGAGGGAAAGAAGUUUAUUUAUCUGGGUCCUUCAACAACUGGAGUAAAAUUCCUCUGACAAGGAGUCACAAUAAUUUUGUGGCAAUCCUGGACCUGCCGGAAGGAGAGCACCAGUACAAGUUCUUCGUGGAUGGGCAGUGGACGCAUGACCCUUCAGAGCCAGUAGUAACCAGCCAGCUAGGUACUGUCAACAAUAUCAUUCAGGUGAAGAAAACUGACUUUGAAGUAUUUGAUGCUUUGAUGGUGGACUCCCAGAAAUGUUCAGACAUGUCUGAGCUGUCGAGUUCGCCCCCAGGACCGUACCACCAGGAGCCUUAUGUUUGUAAGGCAGAGGAGCGCUUUAAAUCACCACCUAUUCUUCCCCCCCACCUGCUGCAGGUCAUCCUGAAUAAGGACACCGGCAUUUCUUGCGAUCCUGCUCUACUGCCUGAACCCAACCAUGUCAUGUUGAACCACCUCUACGCACUUUCUAUCAAGGAUGGAGUGAUGGUGCUUAGCGCUACGCAUCGUUACAAGAAGAAAUAUGUGACUACUUUGCUGUACAAGCCAAUAUGAGCAUCAUAGUAGUUUGUGACCAAUUGUUCUGGGCCAGUGCAGUCUCAGAAAAAAAAUUAUUCUUAACCAAAUGUAUUCCUGCUCUGUGCUGUAGCAAAUGGACUCUGGUUUCAUAUUGUUUCUGAGACUUCCAAGUUCUCCUGUAUUUGCCCUGUUUUC